AUGAUCUUCAAGCUUUCUACCCUCUCCCUUGUUGGAAUAGUUGGUCUUACUACUUUCGUCGGGCAUGCACAGGCCGCGCCCCCAGAUCUCAUCUUCGACUGUAGCAGAGCUCCUGAAGUCUGCACAAACAUGUGCUGGGCCGUUCGUUGCGCCAACCCAGUAUUUCCCGUCGCACUGACCUUUGACUGGCCCGACAAAGCCAAAGAAGAUGCACGCCGCAAGAGCGCUGGAUGCCAAAAAGGUAACAAGUGCAACAAGGGCAAGACCGGCCCGGGGCACCGCGGUACCGGGUACGAGUCUUGCGACGAGUACCCUUUUGCUAGCACCAAGGAGGCCGAUAGGGGCCAUCAGGUUUCCCGUUGCGUUCCCGGAAAGGAAAACAGCUACCAGGGCGGUAAGCUUUCGGGCCUCCAGAAGAGGUGGAAGAAGGAGGGCAAGACGGGGUUCAAAAUCGGUUUCGGAAACCCGGGCGCCAAGGGUGUCAAGUUCUGCCAGAAUCAGGCAUGCAAAAACGACGGCUGGCAAGUGCAGGACGGCAAGAUUUCGAAGCGUGAUGAGCAGCCAUUGUUCAAGUACUACCGCACCAGAGCUGACAUGGUCUUUGCUUCCCUCGAACCUGUCAGCAUUCCCUCCAACUUUACCCGCGAGUUCCGCGAGGCGGACAAGGUGGAUGAGACGUUCUACGUCUGGACUGAAGUUGACGAGGAUGGCGAACAGCGCCUCAUUCAGGAUACUGUUGUGGAGGAGCUUGCUUGGGAUCACUUUUUGAAUUAA